GGUGACAAGCGCUCGAUUCCUUUAUAAUGCCGACAAUUCACUGCAAUUGUGAACCCUAGGGCAACAUUUUCCUCUCGCCACUGUAAGCGGCGGCUCAGAUCGAAAAUGGUGAAGUUUCUGAAGCCUAACAAGGCCGUUAUCAUCCUUCAGGGACGACACGCAGGCAAGAAGGCCGUCAUCGUCAAGUCCUUCGAAGAAGGCACUCGCGAACGCCCCUACGGCCACUGUCUGGUCGCCGGGAUCGCGAAGUACCCAAGCAAGGUGAUCCGUAAGGACUCCGCCAAGAAGCAGGCGAAGAAAUCGCGCGUGAAGACGUUUGUCAAGCUCGUAAACUACAACCACAUUAUGCCGACGCGCUACACUCUCGACGUGGAUCUGAAGGACGCCAUUCCCGUCGACUGCCUUCAAUCUCGUGACAAGAGAGUGACAGCAGCGAAAGAGGCGAAAUCUCGGCUUGAAGAGCGGUUCAAAUCUGGGAAGAAUCGAUGGUUCUUUUCCAAACUCAGGUUCUGAGAAGGUCAAUACAUAAAUACUCUACUGAUGACUAGUUUUUACUCCUUUCGUUGCAAUGUUUCAAGCAACAGCUGUAUUUUGUUCAAUUGAAACUUUCAUGCUUAACACAUCCGAUUGAAAUUGCUUUAUCACCACUUAAUAUUUG